GGUCCCCCACUUACUCUCGGGCUGACUGCUACCAGAUGGGCUGGGGGUGCGCUGGAUACUGCCUUAAGACCUAUGAUUAGAGCCUGGGGAAUGAACCCUGGUGUGUCCAAGCUUGGGGUGGGGGUUGUGCCAGGCAGGGUCUGUCUGUGGCAGUGGGACUGCUUACCUGGGGCAGGAGGAAGAGCACAACAGGGAAAGGGGAUGCUACAAAUGAGGUGCAGGCGGCAGGGGAGAACCCACCCUUUGCUGGGGCACCAGGCCUUCCCCUCCUGGGAGAGAGCCCUCUCUGCCCUUCCCCCCCUUCUCCAUGCAGUGGGGUGAAGCUCUGGGGGUCCCCACCUGGCCCCAUGACUGCCGUUCAGCCCUACAGCGAACAGGGUUUGCCCAGCCGCCUGGGGGAACUACAAUCCCCAUGAUGCACUGGGAGCUGGGGGACAGGCUGCUGAACGGCGAGGGCCCUGGAUCUGGGAUCAACACUGCGUCCCUCUGCGUUUCUUUCCCUCGGGGACCCUGAGUGAGGAUGACCCGCCACGGCAAGAAUUGCACCGCAGGGGCUGUUUACACCUACCAUGAGAAAAAGAAGGACACAGCUGCCUCCGGUUACGGUACCCAGAAUGUGCGGCUGAGCCGAGAUGCCAUCAAGGAUUUUGACUGCUGCUGCCUCUCACUGCAGCCUUGCAAAGACCCUGUGGUCACCCCUGACGGGUACCUUUACGAGAAGGAGGUCAUCCUGGAGUAUAUCCUGCACCAGAAGAAGGAGAUUGCCCGACAGAUAAAGGCCUAUGAGAAGCAGAAAAAUGAGAAGAGAACAGAGCUGGAGGAGCUGAGCCGGGCGGCUGAAGAGUCCAAGGUGAGGGGCUUCCUGGACAAGGAGAUGAGCAUCAUCAGCAAGCCGCUUAACCCCUUUGAGCGCAAAGCAGGGGAUGCCCAGCCUGGCACCAGCAGCGAGGACAAGGACAAGAAGCUUCCCAGUUUCUGGAUCCCUUCACUGACGCCUGAAGCAAAGGCCAGUGUCCUGCGCAAACCAGACAAGUGCGUGUACUGCCCCAUGAGUGGGAAGCCCCUUAAGAUGAAGGACCUGACACCCGUGUGCUUCACCCCUGCUGACCCCUCUGUGGACCGGGUGGGGCUGAUCAACCGGCAGGACCGCUACAUCUGUGCUGUCACCCAUGAUAUGCUGGGCAACUCGGUGCCCUGUGCUGUGCUCCGCCCUUCGGGCGCGGUGGUGACUCUGGACUGUGUGGAGCAUCUCAUUCGUAAGGACAUGGUGGACCCCCUUACUGAGGAGAAGCUGUGUGAGGAUGACAUCAUUGUGCUGCAGCGGGGUGGCACCGGCUUUGCAGGAUCUGGGGUGCGUCUGGAAGCCAAGAAGUCCCGCCCUGUCAUGCAGGCUUAGCCCCACCCCUUCCUCCUUGGGGGUGAGGCCUAUGCACCUUUCAAAGCCAUGGGGGUGGGGGAUGCCAUCG